GAGGAAAUCUGAAAGUGAAGGGGAAUAUUGGUGAGGCGAGUAGUGAGUAGUGAGUAGUGAGGCGCAUCAUUGAUUCAGUGAAAAUGGCGCCAGUGUCAGCUCUUGCAAAGUACAAGCUGGUUUUUUUAGGUGAUCAAUCUGUGGGUAAAACCAGCAUCAUUACUCGCUUCAUGUAUGAUAAAUUUGACAACACUUAUCAGGCUACAAUUGGUAUUGAUUUUCUGUCGAAAACUAUGUAUCUUGAAGAUCGAACUGUUCGGCUGCAGUUGUGGGAUACAGCUGGGCAGGAAAGAUUUAGAAGUCUUAUUCCAAGCUACAUCAGGGACUCGUCUGUUGCUGUCAUAGUUUAUGAUGUUGCAAGCCGUCAAACUUUCCUUAACACGUCAAAGUGGAUUGAAGAGGUUCGCAGUGAGAGAGGCAGUGAUGUUAUUGUUGUGCUUGUUGGGAACAAAACUGACCUUGUUGAAAAGAGGCAAGUCUCUACAGAGGAAGGGGAAGCUAAAUCUCGUGAGCUUAAUGUCAUGUUCAUUGAAGCUAGUGCAAAAGCCGGCUUUAAUAUAAAGGCUCUCUUUCGAAAAAUUGCUGCUGCAUUACCUGGAAUGGAAACCCUAUCUUCCACAAAACAAGAAGAUCUGGUUGAUGUGAACCUAAAAUCUUCUGGUGGCCAUGAUUCUCAAACUCAGUCUGGUGGAUGUUCUUGCUGAAUGUGCGUUAUCUUGAUGUUCCUUGAUCUUCAUGCUUCAUUUCAUUUGUUUUGAACUGUGUGCCUCAAACUUGUAAAGGUUCUCUAGUAUUUUAGACUUUUGACAGCAUUAUUUGAGUAAAAAAAGAAGAGAGAAAACAGAUAGAAGAACUACUAUUAGUAAUUGAUUAAAAAAAUAGAACUACUAUUAGUAUUAAUAGUGUUGGUUGGAUGAUUAGUUGGCUAUUCUUCAUCAUUGUUUACUUCGUUUGAAAUAUAUACAUGGACAAAUCAUCAUGAUUGUUAAAAGCCUGCUGGUGAUACACGAGUCUGAAGACGGAAGAUUUGCUGCAUCAAAAAACCAUGAAGUUAGACACCUUUUUUUUUUUUAAAAAAAAAUUUAAUUUUAAUCUCGGACUUUGAAUCUUUAUUGAACAGUGUAGAUUAUAACUAUGCCAAACUCUUAUCUUGUGAUAUACUAACCUCUUAUCUUGUGAUAUACUAAGUUGAUACUACUAUGGAGAUCAAAA